AUGGCAAGCUCGUCUUCUGAAUCUGUUUCGAGGCGUAUGUCUCUGAGAAAGAAAGCGAAUUAUCGUAGUUAUGAGGGAUUGCUAGAUGAUGAGCGAAUUGAUAAGAAGUUGCAUAGCACUUUGAAGAAGAUGGGUAAAAAUACAGAUUUUCAGAAAGAAACCAACACCGAGGCUAUGAUCACCUUUUCACUUGGUUUCCCAAUGAAUGCUUUGCUUGAGCAUGAGGUUCAAUCUGGGGUUGUCACAAAAUUAGGUGUGAAAGAGCAAAACGAUUAUGUUGUUGUGAGGAAUCAUAUACUGGCUCGCUGGAGGGGGAAUGUUAUGAGUUGGUUGACGAAGGAACAGAUUAAAGAAACUGUGAGCAAGGAGUUUGAAUAUUUGAUUAAUUCUGCUUAUGAUUACCUUUUGCAUAAUGGCCACAUCAAUUUUGGUGUUUUGCGGUCAUUUACAUCUCAUUUUCCUGAGGCGACGAAAGGGACAGUUGUUGUUAUUGGUGCUGGCAUUGCUGGAUUGACUGCGGCAAGGCAACUGUUGUUAUUUGGUUAUAAGGUUGUCGUUUUGGAAGGUAGGAACCGUCCUGGCGGCAGAGUUUACACUCAAAGGAUAGGUAAUGAGGAUAAGUUUGCAGCCUUAGAUCUUGGUGGGAGCGUAAUUACUGGAAUUCAUGCUAACCCUUUAGCGGUUCUGGCACGACAACUAUCAAUUCCGCUUCAUACAGUAAGACCUGAUUGCCCUUUAUUCAAGCCGAAUGGGGAUCCGGUUGAUAAGGAAAUAGAUUCCAAGGUUCAUUUUGUAUUCAAUAAGUUGCUUGACCAUAGCAUGGACCUGAGGGAAAUUAUGGGUGGGUUUGCAAGUGAUACCUCACUUGGCUCAGUCUUGGAGACACUCAAAAAUUUAUAUGUGGUGGCUCAAACUACCAAUGAGAAGCAGAUGUUUGAUUGGCAUCUUGCAAAUUUAGAGUACGCAAAUGCUGGAUGUCUUUCAAAUCUUUCAGCUGCCAAUUGGAAUCAGGAUGAUCCUUAUGAAAUGAAGGGCGAUCAUUGUUUUCUUGCUGGUGGAAAUUGUAGAUUGAUAAAAGCUAUGUGUGAAGGAAUUCCUAUUUUUUAUGGAAAGACCGUCAACACUAUCCGAUAUGGAAAUGAGGGUGUUGAGAUUAUUGCUGGGGAUCAAGUCUUUCAAGCAGACUUCGCCUUAUGCACUGUGCCUCUUGGAGUUCUAAAAAAGAAGGUCAUUAAUUUUGAACCUGAAUUACCUGCAAGAAAGCUCGAAUCAAUUGAGAGAAUGGGUUUUGGGCUUCUGAACAAAGUUGCAAUGGUUUUUCCUCAUGUGUUUUGGGGGGAAGAUCUGGACACAUUUGGAUGUCUCAAGGAAAACAGUCAUGAUCGAGGGGAAUUCUUUUUAUUUUACGGUUACCACACUGUUUCUGGGGGGCCAGCACUUAUUGCGCUUGUGGCCGGUGAAGCUGCACACGCCUUUGAAACCACCGAUCCAUCCAUCUUACUUAAUCGGGUUUUGACAACUCUAAAAGGUAUUUUUCAACCUAAAGGCAUCAAUGUGCCUGAUCCAAUACAAUCAAUUUGUACGAGAUGGGGAAGCGAUCCCUUUUCUUAUGGUUCAUACUCUCAUGUCAGUGUGCAAUCAUCUGGUAAGGAUUAUGAUAUCCUUGCAGAAAACGUGGGAAACCGAUUGUUCUUUGCAGGUGAGGCCACUUCUAGGCAAUAUCCAGCCACUAUGCAUGGUGCUUUCAUGAGUGGCUUGAGAGAAGCUUCUUGCAUUUACCAGUUAACCUCUGUUCAGCAACCUUGUCCGAAGAAGUCCUUGUCUAAGAAUAUAGGACCCAACAGCGGUAUCCUGGUUAAUUUAUUCAAGAGACCUAAUUUGGAAUUCGGAAAUUUUUCUUUCAUAUCUGAUCCUUUAUCAGAUGAUCCACAGUCGAAGGCGAUUAUGCAAUUCACUUUUGGUGGUAAUGAAGAAAGUUACAAGGAGAUAGUACGCUGCUAUCCAGAUACCAAAGCGUUGCCAUUGAAGGUUUACACUAUUUUAUCCAUUGAACAGGUGGAUCGAAUGCAGGAAAUUACUGGAGGAGAUGAAACCAUGUUGUCAUAUUUGACAAAAAACCUCGGGUUGAAGCUAAUGGGUUUGAGCGCUUUACUCAUUGCCGGUAAUGAUGUAAUAGCUAGCGUUGCUGCCUCCCGAAAAGGUAGAUCAAGGAACCGAAAAAUUCCCCAUAAUCCAAAGAAGAAAUAGUUUGCAUAUAGGGGUGCUUGUUAUCCAGUUCUGACUUGAAGUCUUGUAAUAGAGGAUAAGCAAAUAAUUGGAUUUUACAAGCAAACUUGUUUACCCUACUUGUAGUUGUAUUGUAUCAUAUUUAUUUCAAAUUUUCAAUAAUCCCUUCAUUGGUUCCAACACCAAAUCAAGGAGAAUAUCAAAUUAAACAUAUUACAGGGUAUUAUGGUUUACAUUCUUAUUGAA